AUGCUUGCUGCAUCGCGUCAUCUGGAGAGCGAGAAGCGCGAGACAGCAGGAGCUUCCGAGGUGAUUUCCAGCUCCCUUGCGCAGGAGGACAUGGCACAGCGUCAAUCGGCCAUUCAGAAGCUUUUCUUGGUGCGGCGCUUUGCAAACAGCGACAGCGAGCCCUGCAUGCUGCUGGAUGGCCUCUAUGUCGGUUCACUGGGGGCAGCGCGCAAUUUGGAGGGCCUGCAGAAGCGGGGGGUGACUCAUGUGCUGAAUGCUUCACCAAUUGUCCCCUGCUUCCACCGUCACCACUUCCGCUACAAAUGCGUGCCGGUCUAUGACGACGUCGACGAGGACAUCUCCAGCUUCUUUGCUGAGACCAACAGAUUCAUUGCGCGGGGUAGGAGGAGAGGAGGUGUUUUGGUGCACUGCUAUGCUGGGCAGAGCCGAUCUGUGGCGUUCAUUAUUGCAUAUCUGUGCGCGAGCAAGGGGAUGAACCUGGCAGAGGCCUACCAGCUAGUCUUGAGUGUGCGGCCCUGCGCGCGUCCAAACACAGGAUUUAUGCAGCAGCUGGCAGAAUUUGCUGAGCAGCGGCAAAUUGAGGCCUUGUAG